CAAAUGAACAUCAUGGAUGCUUUCAGUACAUGAUCGGACUGGCUGUGUUUCCAGAACCAGGACGCUCCGGUAACAACAGCUUCACCGUGUAUCAGUUUAUCAGUUUCUAAAGUCAGAGGUGUUGCUUCCCCUGUUGUGGAGAUGCUCUGUUUUCCUUCUGGUAAAAGUGAACCGUUUUUUCUCACACCAGGGAUAAAACACGGACAGGUGCAGCACUGAAGUGUAGGUACCAGAGCUCAGCUGAGCUAAGUCCAGACUCCUGAGGACAGGACGAAUAGCAGCGCUGUGACAUCAAGAGCUCAGUUCUACAGUUAAGAUUUUGAAUGCCAAAGGAACAGGGGCAUUUUGGGGAGCGGGCUGCUCGUAGCGCCUCAAAGAAUGCCAAGGAUAAGAGUAACAGCGCCACUCUGCGGGCAUCCCAGGGUGGCGCCCACAUGGAGCAAUCAGGAAUGGGUGACAUGAGCAACCACAUGCUGCGCUGUGACUCAGAGAAGGACUCUGAAAAAGACUCUGGGUACUCAGACGACCAGCGCAGCAGUGUGAGUGAGACUCACAGGGAGAGCAGCAAAAGCUUGAACAACAACAAUAGUGUGAAUUCUGCAGGCCACAACAUGCCUCCUUAUGAGGAGCUCACCCCCAUUUACGUCAUCAAAAACCUGGUAGUCAAGCCGUCUAGACCAGAACAGCUUCUGCAUGGGCACCUGGCGUGGGGCGGGGGUUGGCACUCCCUUUCCAAUGGCAAAGCACCCACCCAGCUCUUACUGAUCCAACAGCCAGUAAUACCUGCUCUCUCCGACACUACCCCAACUCCUUCAUCCAGUCAAGCUGCACCUCCAGGUCAUGUUAAGACAGGAGGCAGCCGCAGCAACCAGAACCACGGCAGCAAGAACUCAUACCUGCCCAUCCUGAAUUCUUACCCUCGUAUUGCCCCCCACCCCAGGAAGGAGAGCUAUGAGGGCAAGGCUACCACAUGGAUGGAGGAGGUUAAGGAGAGUGGCAGUGAAGGCCAGAGCCGGAGCAAGAGAGUUUGCAUUGAGGAACAGAAGAGGGAGGCUGUAUCUACCACCAGUCACCUCCUGAAGCUGCAGCAGCAUCAAAAAGAGGGUAGAGUCCAUUCCUCUUCCCAGUAUAAAGGCAGAGGAGAGCACAGCUCCUUUCCCAUCCUAUCUCACUCUCCACUACCCAGCCAUGCAUCCUCCACCACCCAACACAAGUCCUACCACUGCCACCCGAACUCGGGCUCCGACAACGUGGGCUCACCUUCCAUCUCCAGCUCCCAGACACCCUCACCUCCUUCUUCCUCUGACUCCCCCUCAUCAUCCUCUCCUCCCUCUUCAUCUCCCUCUUCCUCCACGGCUCACAGCCCAUGUCGCCUGGCUCCAGACAGCUCGUCCACACGCCAACGCCGUUUCUUCAAUACAGCCGAGAUCCUGAACCAGUCGGGCCUGCUGGCCAUCACGCUACGAACCAAGGAGCUGCUGAAGCAGAAUGUCGCCACAGAGAGAGAAAUUACCCAACUCCGUCAGCACACCCAUCUCCUGUGCCAGGUAGCCCAGGCCAGCCAGAGCAGGUGUAACAAUGGCUCAGAUAGUCUCGACAAACUCCUCCAAUCCAUGACCGAGUCAGACUCUUACCCCAACUUAGACUUAAAUCAGCUGAAAGCACUCAGCAGCUGCCAUAAACAGAGGAAAACUAGAACUGAGGAAGACAAAGAGAAAGAUAACAACAAGAGAACCACAAAGACACACAAUGACCUACUGCAGGUGGUGUCUUUACGCACAAUAGAUGAUGGAACAUCACCACCCUCGCCGCUGUUUGCCCCCUCACCAGACACAGAAGAAACACACCAUGGUGACAAUCCUCUAGACGCUGUCUCUGUUUCUUCUCCCAGGUCUGUUCCUGAACAGGGACGCAAACAAGAAGUCAUGGCAAGAACUUAAGUGAUCUCACUAUGUUGCCAGAGAGCUCGACGCAUAAUAACUAUCUCCUCUAGCUUCCUGUGGAAGAGGACAUCGAUCUGUAAUGACUGCCAGGGAAAUUUGGACUUAGCAAUACAGGAGAGCAUGGCUUUUUGAGCAAUUUAACAUGUAUGUGAAAAAUUAAUAGAGCUGGUUGAAAGUUUAGAAUGAUGGUUUUAUGAUUUAGAUCUACACACAUGAUUUAAACUUGUGUAUGACUGAUUGUGUAUUUUUAUUUUUUGCUGAUGCCAGGUGCCCAUUUUUCAAACAUAUUUUUUAUUCAUUCAGGUGGUGACAUACACAGUCAGUGAUGGAUGUCCUACAUGUGACAAGAACCAGUGAGACAACUGAAACAUGUCUACAGAGAAAUAGAAAUCAUGAGUCAUGUUCUGUUAUUAUCAUCACUCAGGGUUGUUGAGGAGAUUUCCAGCAUUUAUAAGCUGGUAACAGUCUUUUGCUUUAAUGUUUUGCUUUUAAGAUAUUGACAGAAGAAAAUACCAUUAGUUAGUUAUUAGAGUGUUUUAUGAUUUCUUUGGCUCAGUUUUCACCAAAUAAUUUCAGUGUGCAAGCCUUUUAAUGCAAAGAGGAAAACUCUCUGAAUUCUUCCCUUUAAAUACAAAAUGCUGUCCUUAUAUACAGAGUGAACAGUCCAUCACAUGCCCAGUCCUGAGAACACCUCCUAUCAGUUCCAGAGAAGAGAUUACUGAAUCAUCCUUACGCUGCAUCAUAUCAAAUACUAACUUCCACAUAGCACAUCUUUUGUUUCUCAUCACUUUUUGUAUAAUCUUAACCAAAUUAUCACUGUUUUGAUGAAAAUUAGUUAUUAUUUGACAGAAUAUUUUGAUAAUCACCAUUUUAUUUAUAAAAUCAACAAUGAUUCAAAUUCAGUAAUAAACAUAAUUUGUAGAGAUGCUCAGAUAAACUGAUGUGAAGCUGUGCAGUGUAUCAUGUCAUACCAUAUCAUUUCAUAUGCCAUCAGAGUUUUGCAAAUUGUGAAUUUUGUGCCAAAGCAAACGUAAAAUAUUGUAAUUAAAGUAUAUGUGGCAGUUCAGGUGAGAUAACACAGUACCUGCUGUAUUCACAAUCCAAAUUUGAUUAGCUGUCUUUGCAAAAUUGAAAAAAUAUGACUGUUUUCAUGCUAUUUUUGACUGGGGAAUUCUUAGUUUUUGUUACAAACAGAUGUGUUCUGUUUUAAUGUUGGUGCAUGUUACAUCAUGUAUGUUCACAGUCUAAGUGCACAGACAGUGUUAACCAUUAGACCUCCAGUUGUGACUUUUUGAGAUUUGGCUCAACUGUGAACCCUGUAACACCAUAGACAGCAGUUUUUGUCUGUUUCACACCUGAAUGGCUGAUAGAUCUGCGGAUGUGUCUGCAGAUCAUGGUCUGGUACAAGCAUGUCAAAUUGAUCAUCUAUACUUGCCCAUGAUCACUUGGGACAUCCAGUCAGACAUCCUGUGGGACUGACAUUUUUACAGAGUUGUUGUAUGGUCUUGCUCGGUAAUGCAUUAUUGUGGAUUAUUUGCAUUUUUUUCCUCAGUCAUUUUUGAAUGAGGAGUGCGUGCGUGUGUGCGUACGUGCAUGCGAGCGUGUAGAGGUCUGUAAUGUAUUAGCUUGUAGAUAUUAAUACAAAUUUAAUUAUAGAUUUAUUUAAUUAUAUCUAGAUUGAUUGUAGAUGUGGGACAUUGAUCUUCAUUACUGUCUAAUAAAUCAUAAUCAGGGGUAUGGCAAAAGAAAUGGGCUCUUCACACGUUCUCAGAUACAAACUUAAACAAUAAAUCUGCUCUGACUCAUGAAGACAUCUA